CACUUUCACUGCGUCAGCUGCACAUCCACUUUCAUGAGAAAAGAGGGUUUCUAAAGCACUUAGCGACGUGUGAAAGCAAAAAAACUAAGAUACAGUAGUGGAGUUAAAAUCGGGGGGAUUCACCAGAACCAGAUCUUCGUAUGACCGUUUCUGAGACUGGCAGCGCUGAGGAGACUCCUUUCAGUGAGGAACACAAGAGCCGGAUUUCUGAAGAAGCUCAGAAAAUUAGGAGAAAAGCAAAUUUAUUGAAAAUCAUUUGUGCUCUAAAAAGACAGCGAGUCAGGAGCCCAGUGAAUCAGAGAUUCCAAACCAAGAGUCCACAGGUGAAGGAGGCGUUAUGGUGGAGCAGGUGAGAACAGAUGACCCAUCCCAAUGGAUGAAGAAGAUCCUCCAGAGGUCAAUCCGUCUGUCACAGAGCCCACCGUUUCAAAUUCUGCUGCCAGUUCUCAUCCUACAGAGGCUGAUGUCGCCAUACAGACGUUGGUCAAUGAGAUGUUCUCUAGACACUCACCUGUUGAAGUACCGUCCCACAGCGCUCCAGAGCAGAUGCACAAGAUCUGUGUCCUUUCUGUGGUUUAAUGAUGCACCGAAAAAUCUGCAGGUGCAUUUAAGAAGGAAGCACCCAGAUCAAGUUUCAAACCAGGAGAAUUCUGUGCCUGUUCAGAUGAAAAUCCCAAAAACAGCAGAGACUACCAGUGCGGGCAACAACAGAAGAUUGCAAUGGAGAGUGAAAUCAGAGAUGUGUUCAGGCACUGUAUGCGGUUCCCUGUGCCCAUUUCUGCCUCUGUGAUUGCUGAUGAACUGCUGGACACUGCCAAUGAAAAGCGAUGCUUCACAGUAUUGACCAGAUGGAGUCAGUGUGAUUUGGAGAGAGGUGUGAAACUGCAGUUUUCUAAGACAUGGACUUUACUGUGUAAACAUGACAUAGUGGAGCAUGUGCUGCCAUCUGGAACCAGCUCACAAAUAGAGAAAGAGUUGCUCAGCUGCCAGUCUCCAUCUGGGACUCUUCAAGCUGUCAUCCGGGAAGAAGCAGGACACCAGUAUUUGGAGGUUUGGGGCCAAAAUGGGCUGGAAAAAAGCUUGGAUCUUACAGCUCUGAAUAAGCAUGGAAGAGUGUACGAAGAUGCUCAGUUUGGAUGUUUGACCUGGUCACCAUGUGAAAAAAGGUUGCUCUAUGUAGCUGAAAAAAAGAGGGUGGAGCCAUCUGUGCAUUCAUCUUUUGGAUCAGCCAAUGAGGACGGGGGGCUAGUGUUGCUUGAGGAACAGGAUAAGAAUGUGUAUGUUGAAGACUGGGGCGAGGGGCUGGUGGGUAAAAGCAGUCCAGUUUUGUGUGUAGCUGAUCUCAGUAAAGCAUCAGUCAUCGUAUAUGCUGGCGUCCCUCCUCAAAUAUCACCAGCACAGGCUCUGUGGGCACCUAAUGGAAGGGGCGUGGUGUUUGUGGGCCAAUGGAAUGAGCCGUUCAGACUAGGCCUGAAGUUCUGCUCCAAUCGCAGAUCAGCUCUCUACUAUCUGGAUAUGAAAGGGAACUGUGAGAGCUUGUCAUCUGAUGGCAUGUCUGUGUCAAGCCCUCGAAUGAGUCCAGACUCGUGUUGGAUUGUCUACUUACAGGGAGAAGUGUUUGGACCACAUCAUCAGUGCCUCAGCAUGAUGUUGUAUGACAUGAAGAACAGAAGCACUUCGAUUUUGGUAGAUGUGGUCAGAAAAGCAGAAAAGGGCCAGUUUGCUGGUAUAUAUGAGUCGCUACCAUCACACUGCUGGUCUGCAGACAGUGAGAGAGUCUUCUUCAGCAGUGCCUGUGAAAACAAGAAGGCAGUGUUUUCAGUCGACAGAACCACAGGAAGAGUCAUUGAAGUAUGCGGACUGGAUGUGCUAAGACUAGAUGAUUUCGGGAGUGUGCAGCUGUUGACGAUACAAAAAGACCUGAUGGUGUUGAGCUGCUCUUCUCCAAAUCAACCACCCUGUCUGAGAGCUGGCUUCCUCUCAACAGUCGAUCACGCUGAGGACAUGCAGCUCAGUAAUUUGGGCGGAGCAGAUGUGUAUGAGGGAUUUGAUUGGCAGCCCAUGCUGAUCACACCUCCUUCUCAAGAGGAAAACCAUCAGUUCUCUGGACUGAAUUUUGGAGCAAUUCUGUUGAAGCCAUACAGUCCUCCAGAGAGGAGGAAAACUCCACUGGUGGUGAAUAUACAUGGUGGUCCUCAUGCUCAUUUCGCUGCAGACUGGAACGCCACAGCCGCUGCUUUAACCAAACUGGGCUUUGCCGUUCUCAUGGUGAACUACAGGGGCUCUACUGGUUUCGGUCAAGAUAGCAUAGAGUCUCUACUUGGAAAUGUUGGCAGUCAGGAUGUCAAAGAUGUUCAGAGGGCAGUGUUGUGCGCUUUACAGAACGAAACAAGUCUUGAUCCUGAUAGGGUGGCAGUGAUGGGCGGCUCUCAUGGUGGUUUUCUGGCCUGCCACCUGGUUGGACAAUAUCCAGAUUUCUACAGAGCAUGUGCGGCACGAAACCCAGUCAUCAAUGCAGCCACGCUGCUCGGGACGAGUGAUAUCGUGGACUGGAGAUAUUCCUCUGUUGGGCUUCAGUAUGCUUUUGACCAGCUGCCUACGUCACAGUCCCUCAUUUCCAUGCUGGAGAAAUCACCUAUAGUACAUGCUCCACAGAUACGUGCUCCUGUGUUGUUGAUGUUGGGUGGGAGAGACCGAAGAGUAUCACCUCACCAGGGUCUGGAGCUCUACAGAGCACUUAAGAGCAGGAAUACACCUGUCAGGUUAUUGUGGUUCAGUGAUGAGGGUCACUCGCUGUCUAAAGUCAACACUCAGUCUGACUGCUUCCUCAACAUCCUUCUGUGGUUUAAAGAACAUUUAAACUGACACAACAUUUCUUAGAAACACAUGAAAAUAUCCAUCAGAAGCUUUCCCCCCCUGUCUGAACACAUUGUGUUUGACAUUUUUGCCAAAACUAUAAAUGUCUGUGAAUGUUGCACUGAAGCUGAAGUUACAGGUUAUGCAGGUCAUUGUCCACUAGGGGACAGACUUGUUCCUGUUAAAUCAGCACUUCUAAAAGAAGAGCUCGAAUGCCAAAGGAUGGAGUCUUUGUUUCGAAAUCAUGAUACUGAACUGAUACUGAACUUUUCUUUUAUAGUCAGUCUUUGAAUAUUCAGCUUUUUUGUGAAAUAUUUGCUCUUCAUCAUGUUCUAGGCAGACAUUAAUGGUGAAGCCAGUAUUUUUGAAUCAAAUCUGUUUGACUUUAAAUACAAGGAAAUGGUGAUUGUUUAUAGAUGACUUCUUUUUCAGAUAUAAACAAAGGUACAUCUUGAAUUGGAAGAGAGGAAAAAGAUAUUUUUCACAAUUGUAUCUGCAGAGAUCGUCAACAUUCCAUGUUUAUAAACAUGAUACGGGAGACAAA